AUGGUGUUGUUGAUUGCUUUAGCUUUCUUUACUUUACUUUUUCUCUAUUUUAUGCCCAGGAAGAAGAAUCGCCAACCUCCAGUUAUCGGUGGCUAUAUACCAUUAAUAGGUUGCGCGAUACAAUUUGGACGAGAUCCAAUCCAGUUUAUACGUCAAUGUCGUGAUAAGUAUGGAAAGAUUUUUACGUUAUCUUUACCUGGACAGCGUUUAACCUUCUUACUGGAUGCUAAUGACUAUGAUAAAUAUUAUAGUACCAAUUGCGUCGAUUUUCAAGCUGCAGUUCAACCAACAUGCCAAAAAACUGCUAAUAUUACCAAAUCAGCUUUUAUUGAUAGCCAUUCUAAAUUACACGAUCUAGUUAAAGGAAGGCUGUCAUCCAAUUACCUGCAAGUAUUAUCGAUCAAACUAAGCCAAAAAUUUCAUCAACAAAGUAAAAAACUGCCUCAAGAUGUUGAGAUGGAAUUAAUGGACAUUGUCAAGACAUUUAUGUUUAAACCUGUCCUGGAAUGUAUGUUUGGUGAUGAUAUACUAUUUUCCAAGAAGAGCGAUUGUGAAGAUUUGUGGCAGCAAUUGAAGGAUUUUGAUGCUGAUUUUGAAAUGGGAGCACAAAUUCCAGAAGUAUUUCUAAGGUUCAAGUGGGCUAAAUCAAAACAGUGGCUAUUAAGAAAAUUUGAGCAUGCGGUUCAACAAGCCAAAGUAAUAUUAUCAAUGUACUCUAUACAGACUAUUUUCCAGUCCUUACUGAGCACCGUCAGGAAAGAUGCUGCUGCAAAUUUUGGAUUGCUGUUUUUUUGGGCAACCCAAGCUAAUGCAAUACCGGCGGUUUAUUGGAGCCUUAUAAAUAUUUGUCAAAAUCCACGUAUAUAUGAAAAAGUUAUGGAAAAUUUACUAUCUGUGUGGUCAACUGCAGAUGAUGAAGUGAUGAUUAAAGAAGAAGAUAUCAAACAUCUAUCCUACAUAAAAUGGUGUAUCUUAGAAGCGAUAAGAUUAGAAAGCCCAGGAGUGUCUUCUCCAAGAAUGGUCACUAAACCUAUUGAAUUUCAGAAUUUUGUUGUUCCGCCUGGGAAUAUGAUGGUUAUAAGCCCAUUUUGGUCGCAUCGAGAUAAGGACUACUUUACCGAUCCUGAUACAUAUAAUCCUGAUCGCUGGUUGAAGAUGAAUAAUACGAAAAAAGCUUUUAUAGAUGGAUUCGUUGCAUUUGGAGGUGGAAGAUACCAGUGCCCAGGAAGGUGGUUCGCUAUCAUGGAAAUGCAAGUUUUUAUUUCUUUACUUCUUUUAAACUAUAAAAUCGAAUUGAUAGACUACAAGCCUCAGGUUCGUUGUAACACUUUGAAUUUUACUAAGUAG